CUGACGUAGCCCAGGGUUACCUUCGUUCACCUGAGCAGGUCGACAGGUAGCCACAACGGAAGAAGCUGAACCUUAGCUGAAAAAUAAAACAACCAAGAAAACUAAAUUAAUUGAUUCGGCUCCCUCUGGCUGUCGCGAAUAACCUCUGUCUCGGUUGGAUUUGUGGCUCAUGGUGAAGCAGCACUAUGGGAAUGACCUGGGCCUGAAUCAUGAGGAGAUGGAAAGCUUCCAGAUAUCAGCAGAAGGCACUACACAAGCCAGCAUGGAUAUAAAGGCGGGCGGGGAGGAUCAGGCUGGGAGGCGAGAGAGGCCGUCGUCCCUUUGGCUUCAGCAGGCGGAGUCGCCCCCGCGGGAUGGGACCUGUACCCAGGGGGAAGAGCAACAGCCGCCGCUCUCGCUGCAGAACACAAACCCCGUCAGCACGGAGGACCCUCGUUUAACGUCGUCUCACCAGCGCAGCCAGGACACGCCCCUGGAUCGGAACGCCUCGGAGAGGAGCUCUAAAUGCUCCUCGCUCUCGCUGGAUCUGAAUGCCAAUGAGGACCGAAUCUCAGAGCACAGUGACUCCGAAAGCCCUGAGGAAGAGGACCGUGUCCCGCUGCAGGCCCAGGGUCGGCUCUGCAUGAACCGUGUCUUCCACAUGAGCGCAGACAAGAUGUUUGAGCUGCUUUUCAGCGACUCCCUCUUCAGUCGCAGGUUCUUGGAGGCCAGGAAAAUUACAGGUACAACCUCCACUCCUUGGCAGAAAGACGGUGCUGGCUCGAUGAAGAGAACACUGAAGUACACAAUCACCAUCACUAACCCCCUGGUGGGAAAAUUCUCCACGGCGACAGAGAUGCAGACUCUGUAUAAGGACAGCCGCGAAGGCCAGUACUACAUGGUCGAUGCAGAAGUGUACACACACGAUGUUCCGUACCACGACUACUUCUACACGUUCAAUCGCUUCUGUAUCAUACGCAACUCCAAAAACAAGUGCCGUCUCAGGGUCUAUACAGAUCUGAAAUAUAAGAAGCAGCCGUGGGGUUUAGUGAAGUCCUUCAUCACAAAGAACUCCUGGAGCGGCCUGGAGGAUUACUUUCGCCAUUUGGAGGCGGAGCUUCUAGAGGAGGAGGCGGAGCUGACCGGGGGCGGCGGGGACUCAAUGAAAAUGAGUGCCCUGCGUCGCCGGCGGAGAACCUACAGCCGUUCCGUCUCAGAACACUUGAAACAGAGCAAGCAGUACAAUACGGACACAGAGCACCGCGGAGAGAGCCUUUCGGGAGCUAUGGAGCCGAAGGGGCCACACAGAUGGAGUAUGACCACCAUUGUAGCUGGAAUGAGCCUCAUACUGCUGGUUCUGGUGGUUCUGAAUCUUGGCCUGUUCUUCAAACUGUGGGCAAUGGAGGAUGUAGCACAUCAAAUGUACUUGAGCACCAAGCAACACCUGCGAGAAAAGGUGGCAUCAAGUUUAAACCCUGAGCUGAGCUCCAGGAGCAGGGACGACACUCAGCUUCUGAAGACUGUCCUCCAGGACUCCAUACACUUGCUGGAACAGCUGCGCAGUUCUCUGAAGGCACUACAGAGGAACUUUGAGGUGUACAACAGAACUGGCCUGUGAGCUGCAGAGGUUUCUCCGGGCUCCAGGCAGCCAGAGGGGCGAUGUCUCCUCCAGAUGAUGUCCUGUUUCUUCUGCCGUAUGGUUGCUAGAGAGGCAGUUCUUUUAAAGCUGUGUUUUAGACUCUGUAUGUUGUAGGGGGUUCAACCUGCUGCCUUUGGGGUGCUUGGGUUCAUGUACGCUAAUCUAUGAAGUUUUUCCUCUCUCAAUAUUCUCCUCUGGGAUAUUGCAGCCACAAAAAUGUGACAAUUGGCAAACCUCACAAUGCAAUAGCAAUAACAGUCAAUGUACUGAUAUGUAGUGUAUAUGUGUAGAGUAUAUUGUGUGUGUGUGUGUGUGUGUGCGUGUGUGUGUGCGCACGUGCGUGUGUGUAUGUACAUCCAUUUAAGUGUGUAACUAAGUUGGUCAUAUCCAGCACUUCUCUCUCCGAUUGGCAUGCCAGUUGCUGCGCUGAAUGUUUGACAAAGAUCAAUCUGGAUGAAAUGAAUGUGUUUUUUUGUUAUUUCCUUCUGUGGGAAUUAAAUUAAAAUUUUAUUUCUCAGUUUA